GGAGGUGGCCGUGUAUUUCACGGAGGAGGAAUGGGCCCUGCUGGAUCCCGGCCAAAGAGCUCUGCACAGGGAAGUCAUGGAGGAGAAUUAUGAGACGGUGGCCUCUCUCGAGUCGGACCUCCAUUCGUGUUGGGAAGAAAGAAAAGAUCCCUUUAUCCAGUAUCCCAAAGAUGCGACAUCAACAGCAGGUGACCGGCAGAAUGUGAAUUAUAGAAAACCACAGAUUGUGCCACUGGUAAUAGCCAAGACUGAGAGUCAAAAAGAGAUAUUUGGAAAUCACAGGGGACCAAAAAUGUCUGAAAGAAAGCAGCCAAAGAAUGGGAGCAAGAAAUCCUCUACUUGUCAUAGUUUUCAUCAAAGAACACACACCGGAGAAAAACCAUUUAAAUGCAUGGAAUGUGGAAAGAGCUUCAGUGUAAAAAAUAGCCUUACUUCACAUCACAGAACCCACACAGGAGAGAAACCAUUUAAAUGCAAGGAGUGUGGAAAGAGCUUCAGUGAGAGCAGUAAACUUACUUUACAUCACAGAACCCACACAGGGGAGAAACCAUUUAAAUGCAGGGAGUGUGGAAAGUGCUUCAGUCAGAGCAGUCACCUUACUUUACAUGAAAGAACCCAUACAGGCGAGAAACCAUUUAAAUGCAGGGAGUGUGGAAAGUGCUUCAGUGUAAACAGUAACCUUACUUUACAUGAAAGAACCCAUACAGGGGAGAAACCAUUUAAAUGCAGGGAGUGUGGAAAGAGCUUCAGUCAGAGCAGUCACCUUACUUUACAUCACAGAACCCACACAGGGGAGAAACCAUUUAAAUGCAUGGAGUGUGGAAAGAGCUUCAUUCAGAGCAGUGAGCUUACUUCGCAUCAAAGAACCCACGCAGGGGAGAAACCAUUUAAAUGCAUGGUGUGUGGAAAGAGCUUCCCUCAGAAUGGUCAACUUACAUCACAUGAAAGAACCCACACAGGGGAGAAACCAUUUAAAUGCAGGGAGUGUGGAAAGAGCUUCAGUGUAAACAGUAAACUUAUUUUACAUCACAGAACCCACACAGGGGAGAAGCCAUUUAAAUGCAGUGAGUGUGGAAAGAGCUUCAGUCAGAGCAGUGAAGUUACUUUGCAUCAAAGAACCCACACAGGGGAGAAGCCAUUUAAAUGCAAAGAGUGUGGAAAGCGCUUCAGUCAGAGCAGUCACCUUACAUUACAUGAAAGAACCCACACAGGGGAGAAACCUUUUAAAUGCAGUGAGUGUGGAAAGAGCUUCAGUCUAAGCAGUAGCCUGAAAUUACAUCACCGGACUCACACAGGGGAGAAACCAUUUAAAUGCAUGGAGUGUGGAAAGAGCUUGAGUCAGAGAGGUCACCUUACUUCGCAUCAAAGAACCCAUACAGGGGAGAAACCGUUUAAAUGCAGGGAGUGUGGAAAAAGCUUCAGUCGAAGCUGUAGCCUUAAAUUACAUCACAGAACCCACACAGGGGAGAAACCAUUUAAGUGCAAGGAGUGUGGAAAGAGCUUCAGUCGAAGCAGUAGCCUUAAAUUACAUCACAGAACCCACACAGGGGAGAAACCAUUUAAAUGCAGGGAGUGUGGAAAGAGCUUCAGUCGAAGCAGUCACCUUACUUUGCAUCAAAGAACCCAUACAGGGGAGGAACCGUUUAAAUGCAGGGAGUGUGGAAAAAGCUUCAGUAGCUUCAAUGUAAGCAGUAGACUUAAAGUACAUCACAGAACCCACACAGGGGAGAAACCAUUUAAAUGCAGGGUGUGUGGAAAGCACUUCAGUCAAAGUGGUAGCCUUAAAUUACAUCACCGAACACACACAGGAGAGAAACCAUUUCAAUGCAUGGAGUGUGGAAAGAGGUUCAGUCGGAGACAUAGCCUUACAUUACAUGAAAGAAGCCACACAGGGGAGAAUUCAUUUCAAUGUAUGGAGUGUGGAAAGAGCUUCAAUGUAAGCAGUAGCCUUAUAUUACAUCACCGAAGCCACACAGGGGAGAAUCCAUUUAAAUGCAGGGUGUGUGGAAAGAGCUUCCGUCAGAGCAGUAAGCUUACUUCACAUGAAAGAAAGCACACAGGUGAGAAACCAUUUAAAUGCAGUGUGUGUGGAAAGCACUUCAGUCACAGCGGUAGCCUUAAAUUACAUCACCGAACACACACAGGAGAGAAACCAUUUCAAUGCAUGGAGUGUGGAAACAGGUUCAGUCGGAGAGAUAGCCUUACUUCACAUCAAAGAACCCACACAGGGGAGAAACCAUUUAAAUGUAGGGAGUGUGGAAAGAGCUUCAGUGUAAGCAGUAGCCUUACUUCACAUCAAAGAACCCACACAGGGGAGAAACCAUUUCAAUGCAUGGAGUGUGGCAAGAACUUCAGUCAGAGCAGUAAGCUUACUUCACAUGAAAGAACCCACACAGGCGAGAAACCAUUUAAAUGCAUGGAGUGUGGAAAGAACUUCAGUCAGAGUAGCACCCUUACUUCGCAUCACAGAACACACACAGGGGAGAAGCCAUUUAAAUGUAAGGAAUGUGGAAAGAGCUUCAGUCAGAGCAGUAAGCUUACUUCACAUCAAAGAACCCACACGGGAGCAACCAUUUAAAUUCAGGGAGUGUGGAAAUAGCUUCAGUGUAAGCAGUAAACUUACUUUACAUGAAAGAAAGCACAUGGGUGAAACCAUUUAAAUGCAAGGAGUAUGGAAAAAACUUCAAUGGGAACCUUACUCUUCAUCUUGCAAGCUAAAUAUAUUAAAGCCCUAAAUGGGUUGGGGCCAGGAUAUUUGAAAGAUUAUCUCAUUUAUUAUAUAUGCAGCUAAUCACUGAAGUCUGCAGAAGAUGGCCUCUUACGCAUACCAUCUCCUUAGGAAGUCCACUCUGCAUGAUAAAGAAACGUGGCCUUUUGUGUGGUGGCAUCUACUUUUUUGAACUUCCUCCUGUUACAUAUCAGACAGGUGUUUUUUUCUUUGUGGUGCCUAUAGAAGACCUUCCUUUUUCAACUAACCUUUCAAGGGCAGAGCUUUAUCACUGUUUCUAUAGGAUUUUAAAAUAUUUUUAAUUGUUUUGCAUAUGAAUUUGUUUUUAUUGUUGGUAUUUUUGAGAUGCUUUCUGAGAAGUGAUGUAUAAAUUAAAAUAAAAUAAUGCUAAUCGUUGUAAUGGCCACUUUAGCGAGUGUUUUCAUAUAGUUUAGCAUACCUUUGAUUUUAUUCAUUUUUUUAGUGCUUUUUAAAUGUUGAUUUAUUGAUAUUUUCAGUGUACAUUUUAUAUUGUUUAUAAAAUGCUUCUGCAGAGUACACAUUUUAUUAACAUAAAUAACUCAACUAGUUUGGUUCACUUUAUUUCCCCAUUUAGUUAUAAUAAUAAAUAAAUAAUAAAUUUAAUUUAUGUGUCGCCUAUCUGGCCAAUGGCCACUCUAGGCGACGUACAUAUAACAAUUAAAAUACAAUACAAUAAGAUACAUUAAUACCAUAAUGCAGCAACAAGAGCAAUACUAAAACAGGGUAAGAGGCUUUUCAAUCAUAACAGUUAACCCUCCCCGGAUAUCCCAAAGGCCUGUUGAAAGAGCCAGGUCUUUAAGGCUUUACAGAAUACAUUUAGGGAAGAGGCGUGCCGUAGAUCUUGUGGGAGGGAGUUCCAGAAGGUGGGCGCCGCCACUGAGAAUGCCCUCUCUCUAGUUCCCGCCAAUCUAGCUGUUUCUGUCAGCGGGAUUGAGAGAAGGCCCUGUGUGGCUGAACGUGUCGGGCGGCAUAAUUGGUGGCGUUGUAGGCGCUCCUUUAGAUAAACUGGGCCGAAACCGUGUAGGGAUUUAAAGGUUAAUACCAACACCUUGAAUUGGGCCCAGAAAAUAACUGGAAGCCAGUGUAGAUCGAACAACACUGGUGUGAUGUGAUCUCUAUUCUUAUGUAUAACUAUUCUUAUGUAUAACGUUAUUUUUAUUUUGCUUUGAUAUUUUUUGUAUUGACUAUUCUAACAUCUUUCAUAAAGAAAAAUGAAUUUGCUAG